GCAUAUUUUCUGUAAGCUACGUAUGCGCACUUUCCCGGUCAUAACAAUUGAAUCGGUACCUGGUACCAGGUACUGCUGCCAUGCUUGACUAAUUUCUUGCCCUCUGCCCUUCUUGGUAACUCGCCAGGACUCUACAUGCCCCAUCACGUUCGAUACAUCAUGUCUCUUCCCACCCCAGUUACCCCGCGGAGCUCCCAGGCUGUCAUUGCUUGGCGCCGGGUUGUCGUCAGUCACUCAGUUUGCUAUCCGCGAUAUCAAUUAGAACCUCGCCGUUUGUUUGCAUCUCGAGUAUCCUCGCACAAGUCAAGCAGGGACAGCCGCUCUUAUUCACAAUCGUCCUCCAGCCGUACAAGCUCUAUUAAAAGCGAAAGCUCUUUAAGCACCGCACAGAGCCCUACACAGAGCUCUCCAUCGUCACAAUACCCUGACACAUCAGGAGAAACGUCAUCAGAUUGGGAAGAUGGGGAACAUAAAGAGCUGGAGAGCUUCGGACAAUUGCCUUCGAAGGAUUUCGGUCAAAAUCAAGUCAUGGAGACGAAUGAGGAGUUCAAGAAGUCUUUGAGACAAAUAUUGAGGAACUUCCCACAAAUCACACAUGCGUUCGCGUAUGGCUCUGGAGUGUUCCCACAAAGCGAAGGAAACGCCUCCAGAGUCGACCUGAGUCCUCAUCCGAACCCACCCGAAGCUAUAUUAAAAUGGCAGAAAGGCGGCGGAAAAGUUAUUGAUUUUAUCCUGGCCACCAAGUUCUCCCAACAUUUCCAUUCUCUAAACCUCAACAAACACCGCGACCACUAUUCAUUUCUCGGCUCUCUAGGCUCUGGUGCGGUGUCCUAUGUGCAAGACAAGUUCGGCGCUGGCGCCUACUACAACCCCUAUAUAACGAUAAAUGGGACGUUGAUCAAGUAUGGCGUGGUACAAAUGGAUACACUGUAUCGUGAUCUGACUGAAUGGGAUACUUUGUACCUCGCCGGACGAUUACAAAAGCCUGUCAAGAUCCUUACUGAAGACCCUAAUAUACGCCUCGCGAAUCAACGCAACCUGAUGGCUGCAGUCCGUUGUGCAUUACUGAUGCUCCCAGAGACCUUCACGGAACAUGAUCUAUACACCACAAUCGCUUCGCUUUCAUACACUGGCGAUCCACGUAUGAAUGUAGGAUCAGAGCAUCCUAACAAAAUACAAAACAUUGUCACACAUCAACUCCGAGCCUUCAGGCAGCUCUACUCCUCUUUAAUCUACGAACUGCCGAACAUUCACUACGACGACAAAAGACUCAAAUCUUCGAAUCCACGUUGGGAGACACUACCACUGGUCUCCGACUUCAAGAUGACACAAAUAAUGGAGCCUGCUUUCCGUGGUAAUAUGGUCCGCCGCCUACCAAAGUCCUUCCGCGAGAAACUUUAUUUUCAGUACCAGAAGAAGUUCUCGAUACCAGGUGCAGAAUUCACUGCCAUGCUUGAGUCAUCAAAAGAUGAAGAUGCUAGAGGCGGUGUCAGGAAACCUGUCGGAGGUCCGUUUGAUCAGAAGAUAAGCAUGGAGUCGGACAUCGCAGAGAAAGUUCGUGCAUCGGUUGUCCAAACAGUCAAGUGGCCAAGCACUGUGCAAAGCGUAAAGGGUAUCUUCACCGGUGGACUUCGAAAGAGUUGGCGGUAUACAAGUGAAAAGUGGCAAAAAGGCAAGCUUGGGCAGACAAGUUCUUGACAAUGACUUCAUCUUGUACGAAUUGAGCAUGUAAAUAUGAUUGGCGGCAUUUGUGGUUAUGUAUAUGUCGCUCAUUGAUGGGGUAUUUUCUUUUGUAUGAUAUCGAGCUCUUGAAAGCUCAACCUUGCUCUGAUGUUCUUGAAUAUAAAUGAGCAGAGUAGAGUAGGAGCAACUACUUGGUCGGCAAGGUUCGUCUAUAAAAGCCUAGAAUGAAUGAUAUGUAAAUAAAGACUGAGUAUGAAGUAACGCUGUC